GCGUCGUCGCAGACAAACCGAGUGUCGUCGUCAUCAGCUGUGUGAGCUGCUGCCUGAACCGACCGCGCGCAUUGUCCGCCCUAUCCGACCGCCCAUCCAGCCACCAUCCGAAGCCGUGUGCAUUGUCCCGGCUCUGCAGCUUGCCUACCCGACUCCCACCAACCUGCGCACCACGCGUGGGUCGUAUCGGCGCCGAGCGUAGACUACAUAUCCAGCCAUCCUUUGAUUCCCUUCCUCGGAGGUGCACCAAACCUCUACUUCCUUUGUACCCCACAAAGUCACGAAAACCUCGACAACAUCACGGUAUAUAACGAGAUGGCCGUCAUAACCGCCACAACACGGAUCGAAAGCUUCGAGAGACACUACAUCGUGCCACCACACCGCCCCCACGCCGGCAUCCGCGGCGACAUCUCCUCUCCAUACGCAUACGCGCACCCUCAAAAACACAACGCGGAAACCAUGGAAUACCGACACCCAGCCAAACAAGCACCCAGCUCGCGCCACCCCGCUGAGCGGUCCGACGCCACAUCCCACUCGCGCGAAGUCGCGCGUGCUUCUGGUGAGAACCGACAAGAAACGCGCCAUCUUGAGAGGCAGCCUCCGACGCCACCUUGGCUCCAGAGGCAGUCUCAUGCACCCAUGCCCAGCGCGUCCGCGCCCAGUCUCAGCGGCAGCAUGCGCUUCAACAACCCUACCGCCGCGUCAGGUCUCAACGGCGCAUUCUCAGGGACUUGGACGUCCGCACGCCCCUCCACAGCGCAUGGUUUGACGCCAAUGAGUGGCGCGAGGUCGCGAGGCAGCAAUUCGUCUGACAGCGGGAUGGACGAGGACGAGAGCGCGACCGAAGAGCUGCGCGCCAUAUACAGGCUGCCCCAGCCUAGCUACUGCGGGUCCUCUGCGGACGUUCCACUGCGCUCCGAGAGCGACCGCUUCCUAGGCACGCCGCCUAGCCGGAGCGCUCGCCAGCCCACGCGCACUCCCGAGGAGCAGCGUGAACUCGACGCUAGCGUGCAGCUACCCCCUAUUCGCGUAUACGAGCCGCAGCGCAUGUCAGAGGAGCACUCACCUUACGGCCGACGCCUUUCUCCUGCGCAGAAUGUGCGGCUCCCUGGCUUCCAUACGAUCUUGAUGAACACCAAGUUGGCGCUCCCGUCGCACGAGAGUGGCUCCAGCGUCGUUCGAGGCAACUCGAGCUCUGCGAGCCCCAGCCCCUGCCCCAGUGUCGCAUCGGUCUCGACCAACGGCCGGUCGUGGAGCCAGGCCGACACAGAGCCCACCGAGGACGAGGACGUGGCCAUGGGCGAAGUGAAGCGAUACGGCAGCUUCCCGCUCCAGGCACUCGCGCCGCCCGCGGAGAUCGUGCGCCACGCAGUUACACCCUGGCAACGCCUGCCGUCAAGCUCGCCCGAGGAUGACGAAAGCCCUCUUCCGGAGCUCCUACCAGUGGCUCCCUCCACCCACGCCGCCCGCGCGCCCGAGACCCCGAAGGCGCGCUACCCCUCAAAGGGCAAGGGCAAGGAAGCGCCGGCCAAGGUCAGCAAGCCUCGCCGUCGCGCUGCGGAACCGAAGGUGCCUCCCCAGAAAAAGUACCGCUUCGUGGCGAGCCACUUGUCCGGCGACGUCCUUCCUCCUCCUGAGGCCAUGGAGGACGUCGAGCGCUCGCGCUCCGCGUCCGUGCAGAGCGGGUCGAAGCGCAAGCACACGAUGUCGCCCUCGCCCGCGCCCUCUUCAAGUCCUGAUCUCUCGCUCGCAAGCAUGGUUCCGCGGUCGAGUUCCAGGCAUCCGUCGAUUCCCGCGACGCCGAUCGCAGGGCCGUCGUCGCGGAGGCAGUCGCAGUCGCAGGCGCGCGCGCACACCGACCCCCCGAAGCGUCGCGGACGGCCCCCUCGGCCCGCGUACGACAUCGAGUCCGUCGCGCCCAUCGACCCCGAUUCCCCGGAAGGCCAGGGCCAGUUCCCUGUGUACAGCUAUCACGACGAGGAGCGGCCUACGCCGUGCCAGUUCCCCGGAUGUGAGGUGCUCCUGACGGGGAAGAAGGCGGAGACGACCUCACACCUCAAGGACCACUUCCAAAAGGCGGGCGGCCGAGACCUCAUUUGUCCAUGGACGAAGACCAGCGACAGCGGCGAAUGCACCCCUUGCGACAAGAAGUUCAAGGACAGCGCGAACAUGGGCCGGCACGUCGCCACGAAGCACCUGCAAUCCGAGAAGUACAAGUGCGGGAAGUGCCACCGGGAGUUCGCGAGGAGGGAUGCGGCGUUGAGGCACAUGAAGACGAUGUGCAGCCCGGAGAAGGAGCAGCGCAGGGCUGCGAAGCGAAAAGCCGAGUCGGAUGAGGAGUCGGAGGACGCGGCUAACGACGCAGACAAUAGUGGCUCUUCUAGAGAAGACUGAAAAUGACCUGCGAGACAUUAGAACUCUCAAUGUUACCCACUCACGGACGCUCAGACGGUAUAUACCCAGUUGUAUGCGGAGCAUCGGGACUGUUACUCUGUAUUGGUGGACGAGAACGUUAACGUUGAACGAAGGACCGGAAUGGAUUGAAUGUAGCAUACCUAGGA